CGCUGAAAACAACAAGAUACACACACGCACACGCGCGCACACACAAACACACACACACAGUGACACACAUAGGCAGACACACACACACACACACACAGACAGAGGCUCAUGACAGCGUCGCAGAAAGUCACAGUGUAGUCAUGGAGAAACCUCCCUUCAGGCAGAACCAGAGCUGUGGAGACUGGGAGCUGAAGGAGAGGCUGGGGAUGGGAGGCUUCGCCCACGUCUACCUGUACCAGCAUCAUGUGACGAAUGAAAAGCUCGCUGUAAAGAUGUGUCGUCUCGAGCUCACAGCGCGGAACAAGGACAGAUGGAGCCGAGAAAUCCAGAUCAUGAAGAAAUUGAAUCACAUAAACGUUGUGACGGCCCGAGAAGUCCCAGAGGAGAUGGGCCACAUCGCCCUGAACGACCUGCCGCUGCUGGCCAUGGAGUACUGCUCCCGAGGAGACCUGAGGAGGGUUCUGAGCAAACCUGAAAACUGCUGCGGUUUGAAAGAGAGUGAAGUGCUGUCCUUACUCAACGAUGUUGGAGCUGGUAUCCAGUAUCUGCAUGAAAACAAGAUCAUCCACAGGGAUCUUAAACCUGAGAACAUUGUGCUGCAGGACAUCAACGGAAAGCUGGUUCACAAAAUCAUUGACCUGGGCUACGCCAAAGACCUGGACCAGGGGAGUCUGUGCACCUCCUUCGUCGGCACGCUGCAGUACCUGGCACCGGAGCUGUUUGAGAACAAGCCUUACACCGUCACCGUGGACUACUGGAGCUUCGGCACAAUGAUAUUCGAGUGCAGUUGUGGUUUCCGUCCUUUCUUGCACAACCUUCAACCUGUGCAGUGGGCGACCAAAGUGCGGAACAAAGGUCCUAAAGACAUAAUGGCGGUGGAAGACGUGAGCGGAGAAGUCCGAUUCUCCACACACCUCCCCUACCCCAACAACCUGAGCAGGACCAUGUUGGAGCCGAUGGAGUCUCUGCUUCAGCUGAUGUUGAAGUGGGAUCCUCUCCACAGAGGAGGCAAAGUGAAUCCCGACACCAAGAAACCCAUGUGCUUCGAAGUACUGGAGCAGAUACUCAGCACCAAGGUCGUCCACAUCCUGAACAUGACCACCGCUCAGGUCCACUCUUUCCAGCUGACUCCGGACGAGAGUCUCCACAGCCUGCAGAAACGCAUCGAGGCCGAGACCAAGAUCGAGGUGGUGAACCAGGAGCUGCUGCAGGAGACGGGCGUGUCACUGGACCCCAGGAAGCCCGCGGCGCAGUGCGUCCUCGACGGAGUGAGAGGCUGGGACAGCUACAUCGUCUACCUGUUCGACAAGAGCAUCACCACGUACUCCGGUCCCUUCAGUGCCCGACAGCUGCCCGACAAAGUCAGCACCAUCGUUCAAGAGGCCAAGACGCAGCUGCCCCUGGUGGCGCUGAAGAAGGUUUGGGGAGAAGCUGUGAGCUACAUCUGUGGCCUGAAGGACGACUACAGCCGACUCUUUCAAGGACAGAGGGCAGCAAUGCUGAGCCUCCUGCGGUACAACACCAACCUGACCCGCUGUAAGAACAGCAUGUUCGGCUUCUCUCAGCAGCUGAAAGCCAAGUUAGAUUUCUUCAAGAGCAGCAUCCAGUACGACCUGGAGAAAUACAGCGAUCAGAUGCACUACGGCAUAUCCUCUGAGAAGAUGCUGAAGGCCUGGCAGGAGAACGAGGAGAGAGCCGCUGCCUUUGCACAGGUGGCAGAGGUGAGCCACUUGGAUGACGAGAUCAUGGCGCUGCACUCGGAGAUCGUGGAGCUUCAGAGGAGCCCGUACGCCCGACGCCAAGGAGACAAGAUGGAGCAGCUAGAGGAAAAGGCAAUCGAGCUCUAUAAGCAACUGAAGAUGAGGUGUAAAAUUUCUGAGACGGACGUGAGCUGCGACAGCUCUGAGAUGGUGAAGGCCAUUAUUCAAACUGUUCAGAACCAAGACAAGGUCCUCAAAGACCUGUACACGCACCUCAGAAAGAUCCUGAUCAGCAAACAGAAGAUCAUUGACUUGUUUCCACGGAUUGAGAAAACCCUGGAGAGCAUCAAGGAUGCUGACAACACCGUGAUGCAGAUGCAGAUAAAGAGACAAAGAGAGUUCUGGCAUUUACUGAAGAUCGCAUGUGCCCAGAACUCGUCCCGGAGCUCGAUAGCAGCCAGUCCCGAGUCGUCCAACCUGAUGCAGGUGUCUCCGUGGUCCCAGUCGGCUCAACCAGUCAGCUCCCCUCAUCCUCUGACCUCCCUGCCCGGGCCCAACGACAGUGACGCAGCUCCUCGCCUGCUGCAGGAGAACCAGAAGUACCUCAGUCAGCUGACCAGCCUGAUGCAGGAGGCGGCCGAUGAACAGGCCAACAGCAUAGUGGACCAAGACUGGAGCUGGACAAAAUACGAAACUUUAACCACAAAGUUAAAAAAGCAAAACGCGUAAGAGCUGUGGUCGUCCUCCCUCCCUGCUCCGAGCAACACUAAGGACUGUGAGCUGUGAACGCAGCAGAGCGGCAACACAACGUUGUAUAGUUGUACAUGGACUCGGGAUAUUCUCUUAAAAAAACCUGUUCUCUUUACCUUUAAAAAAAUAAAUAAAAUAAGAGUUCACA